AUGGAAGCAUUUACCGCGGAGCCACUGGGGUGGAUCGUGGAGCAGAAUGCGGCGAGCUACUUUGAGACUCAGGACUCGUCCUAUCGGACAAGGAUAGCCCCCAUGUUACCCCUCUACAUGGCCAGCAUCAGGGGAGACAUGAACCGGGUGCAUUUGAACACCUGUUGUUUGAUAGUGAAGAUGUAUGUGGACAAGGAUCUGCACAGAAACAUGGGCUCGCUGCCUCUAAAAGUGAUUGUGGAGUGUUUGGGGCGCCUGGGCGCUCUGGGUCAGCACUAUGUGCGGUUAUCAGAGGACAACGGGGUGGUUGUUUCUCAUAAGUUGAAGGACUCCAUUGCCAGGAACACGCCCAGAUUGAUAUCUUUGGUCGUCCGAAACGCGUUUCUGAGCAUAAUGAGGAGAGAGGGGUUCGAUUCGGGCGACUUGGCCGACUUGAAGAGCCAGUUUGAGGCAUGCAAGACAUUCUACACACAGGACGAUUUGAGGAGGCUCAACAACUAUCUUCUGAAUCUGCAAGAAUACAGUGACCGGCCUCAGAAGCUGCAACAUGUGGCCAAGCUGCACAGCCAGUCGAUAGAGGGCAAGCUGGAGGGCGAGUCUUCUCUCAACCACAAACUCAUGGAGUACUGCGACUUUCUGCGCCAGAGGGUCAGCAAGCUGUCAGCUGCAAACCCCAAGCAAAUGUUGGAGAAUGGGCGUCAAAUAGACGCCUUCUGCCUUCCUCUAACCAUCGCUGCGACAAUGUCUGAGCCUAAGCUUGAGUCGUCGCAGUAG